AUGUCUUCGGCUAUGGACAAGGCGUUAAUGGCUAUGUCUCUUGAGGAAGAAGAAGCUCCUUUCGACAUGCCAGACCUCCCACAGUUUAGUUCCUGUGAGAUGAAUGAGCUGAGCUUGAUUGGGAGGCUUUUGAAUCCCCAAUGUCAGAGUAUGUCAAGCUUGGUGUUUAAUAUGCCUAGGAAAUGGCAGAAGAUUGGGAGAGUUCGUGGCGUGGCUCUCUCAAAUGAAAGAUUCCAGUUCAUCUUCAGAUCUGAGCAUGACCUCGUAGAAGUUCUAGAGAAAGGCUUUCAAACUUACAACGAGUGGGGGUUGGUAAUGGAGAGAUGGUCAAGGUCUCCGACAGGGGAUUCUCUCCAAUUUGUGAAUCUAUGGGUGCAAAUCAAAAACAUCCCUCUUAAUUACUAUACAAAAGAGGCGAUUACCUUGCUGGGGGAGUUAGUGGGGCAGGUGUUAGAAGUUGUUUUCGAUCCUGAGAAGCCUCAAAACAAGGAUUAUGUGAGAGUGAAGGUUAAAUUUGAUGUCUCCAAACCCUUGAGAAAAUCAAAGAUUGUUAAUCUUCCAAAAGGGCUUACGACUUCUGUUUACUACUUCUAUGAAAAAGUCCAGAAGCGUUGUUAUAAAUGUCAGAGAUUAACGCAUGUGCAGGAGGAGUGCCCUCUGGUCUUGAAAGUGCUGCAAGAUCAAGUUAUCGAAAGAAAGAUGGGAAGGAAAGUUGAGAAACCAAAACCGGAGCUGAUAUUAAAAGAAAGUGAUCCUCUUUUUGGCAUUUUGAAAGAGGAGCAAGUGGGCAUACAUCCUUUGUUGGGAAGACCGAGAAUUGCUCAAGACGUUCUGGAAGGUAUGAGGCAGUAUAUCAGACUUGCUACUGUAGAGGAUCGAACGCUGAGAAUUGAGAGAGUCAGAAGCUCAGUGGCAGAAGCGGAGAAGGAUCCUAUCAGUCAGAAAACAGUUUUAAGAAUGGAACCUCCUCCUCUGAUUUCUAACGAUUUCAACAAAGGGAAAGGUCUUGUCUUUGGUUAUGACUCCUCUGAGAUAUCUUCUAUGAAUGCUUCUAAAGUGGAAGGAACAGAAAAGUUGAUGAGUGCAGCUAUCCAAGCAGGGAGAACAAAUCCUAAUGUGGCAGCUCCAGUUAAAGAUUUUCAAGGUCUUGCUUUGGUUGACUAUUCCCAGACCUCUUCCACAUCUCAGGCUGGUCCUACGGCUUAUGCAGUUGGCUUCUAUGAGGCUGGCUCUUCCGGGACUAAGCAGAGAAAGGGGAAGGGGAGGAAACGUCCAUAUGUGAGCAGAAGGAAACCCAAACCUCUGACUGCACCGGCUGAGAUGGGAGAGGGUUUGGGGCGGCCUCAAGACCUGACAGUUCAACGUCUCAUGGAGAUGCGUAAAAAACAUUUUCCUGAGAUUCUGUUCUUAAUGGAGACUAUGAAUGUGAAGAAUGUACUUGUAGAUAUUCAGGGGUGGCUAGGGUAUGACUUUGUUAGAACGGUUGAACCAGUUGGAAGGAGUGGUGGUUUAGCCCUGUUUUGGAAAAGAGGAGUAGAGGUGAACUUUUUGUUUGAAGAUAAGAAUAUUUUAGAUCUUCAAGUGGUGUUGUAA